UUUUUGAAAAGUGAAAAGAAAUGUAUCAAUUAAAUUAAUAAGAAAUAUAAAUCAUCCAGAAAAGUGCAAUGUUAUUAGAAAAUAAGUUAAAGUACACAUUAAUACGUAAUAACGAUGGAGGAGAUAGUCACUGGAAUAGAUCAGAGAAGCGACGAUGGUUUCUGACGUUAUUUUUUGGGACCUGUAUGUUAUAUAGCACUCGUACAACAAUGCCUUUAGUGAUUCCAAAAAUCAGUGCUGAAAAGAAAUGGUCAAAGUCAAACAGUGGAACAAUUCUCUCAUCAUUCUUUUGGGGAUAUACAAUAACACAAGUUGCUGCUGGAUAUCUUAGUGAUAAGUACGGCGGCGAACGAGUCAUAUUUAUUGCCAGUAUUUUCUGGAGUAUAAUAACAAUAGCGAUGCCAAAUAUCAUCGAACUAUCGUCCUUCUUCCAAUCAUAUGCGCUUUUCUUUAUCGUAGCUGUACGUGUCAUACAUGGAUUCUCUCAAGGAUUUCAUUUUGCAUCCAUGAUAAGUGUAACUAGUCAAAAUCUUAAUGUCAAUGAGCGAACGAAUUUCUUUUCUUUAUUGACAUCUGGAAGUGCAUUUGGUACUUUAAUGACUGGAUUCCUUGGAACCUUUUUACUCGAUUAUUUUGGAUGGUCAUUUGUGUUUCAAGUCAUUGGAUUUCUAGCACUAUCGUGGUCAUUAUUAUUAAGAUAUUAUACAAUGUCGAAUGGACGACAGCGUAUUAUUAACAUAUCAUCGGAACUAUGCAUUAAAAAUUGUGGAGUAAAUGAGGAAGUGCCAUGGUUGAGAAUGCUCUCAUCUUGCCGUCUAUGGGCUUGUCUUUUAACACAAGCCUGUGAAAUGAAUUGUUUCUUUACACUCUUAUCUUGGCUACCUACAUUCUUCAAUGAAAAUUUUCCACACAAAAAGGCCUAUCUAGUAAAUAUGCUUCCAUGGAUAGCCGUUUUAAUCUUUACUUUAAUCGCUAAAAGCUUCACAGAACGGAUGAUUGCUCAAAAAUAUUCCUUAUCCACUGUGAGGAAGACUGUUCAGGCAAUAUGCUUUAUCGUUCAAAACCUGUCACUGUUCAUUGUUAUGAAUACAAAAGACUUUACAGUCGCUCUAGCAUCAAUGUGUGUCUGCAUGGGCAUCAUUGGGUUUCAUAAUUCUGGCGUCACAGUUAAUCCACAAGACCUAUCGCCUGAAUUCUCUGGCAGUGUUUUCGGACUAAUGAAUACUUUUGGAAGUACUUUUGGAUUUUUGGGCGUCUACAUUGCAGGACAUAUUUUGGAACUAACACAAAACUGGAACGCUGUCUUUAAUAUUAUCAUAUUUAUUAAUUCAAUUGGACUGUUUAUAUUCUCAGCUUUUGGAUCAGCUGAGGCGAUAACAUAAAGUCUUACACAUCAACAUUUUAUUAAGCAUGUGAUUGAUUACAUAAAGUCUUUUCCUUUCCAUUCUUUUUAGUUUUUAAGAACGA